CUUCUUCCAUCUUUCCUAAACAGUAGGGAUCAAGAGAUUGGAGGGCUUUUGAUCGAAGGAGGGCAGAGAGAGAGAGAGAGAGGAAUGAAAAGGUGCGAGCUAUGCGGCAGGGAAGCGAGGAUGUACUGUGAAUCGGAUCAGGCGAGCUUGUGCUGGGAUUGUGAUGCAAAGGUCCACGGAGCAAAUUUCCUGGUUGAGCGCCACCCACGUGUGCUUCUCUGUCGGAGAUGCCAGAGCCCGACAGCGUGGCGAGCGACCGGGGCUCGGCUAAGCCCCAUCAUCUCGGCCUGUGAUCGUUGCACAGCCAUUGACAAGGCGUCGCCAGACGGUGAAGAGCAGGACGAGGACGACGUUGACGGUGAAGACGCCGAUAUGGAUGAGGAGGAGCAGGAGGAUUACCAGGUGGUUCCGUGGAGGCUGACGCCGCCUGCGACCGCGAGUUCAUCAAGCGGAGAGGAGUCAUCGUCGCUGUCUCCGGGAAAGGCAACGAGCAAUUGCCUGAAGCGGAUCAGAGAGAACGCGGAUCUCAGCUCAGAGAACGAUCACUCUUGCCCCUUUUCCCAGCGGAGCCGCCUUGAUCUGCCUAGUCAGACUCCACUUCCUUCCCUAUUUGCCGCUGAUGAAAACGCUAUCCACCCGUCGGCCUCUUCGCGCCGCUCAAACGAUCAUCGGAGAUUCUUCCUCCAGUCGGCUGCUCCGUUGUAUGCGGAUUCUGCCCGCACCGAAGGCCGUGUAUCUUCGGCAUCCUGCAGCCCUCCGAUCUAAGUAAGUUUUGAAUCUCAUUUUUUUUUUUUUAGUUUAGAAGAAAAGUAUUGUUCUGAUUUAAGAAAACAGAAAUUAUGUGCACUUAUUUGGCAUACUUUUUUGAUA